ACACGGGCAGUCUGGAUGGUUCUGCUGCCAAGAUAAAAUUCGCCAUACAACGAACGCGCCGUCUCUGACAUAGGCAGCACCUGCCGAGUUCCCCAUGGUGUGGGCAGGCAACGGGAUCCGACGCCAGGAUAUACCGACCGCCAGCGUCUCAGCAUCCGCGAUGGGCGACUACUACCAGCACUUCCUCUCCUCCAUGAUGGGGGUCGGGGGGCAGCCGUACGCAGGGCAUCCGGGCCAGAUGCCGCAGCCUCCGGUUGUGCCGAUGGGCGCUUCUUCGGCCCCCAGUCCGUAUCAAAGCCUCGGCUACUUCACGGGCUUCCCGGAGCCGAUCAUGUUCAACGCGCCCAAGGCGCAGAGAAGCAGGAGGAAAUCCGCCCCGGGUCUCGACCAUAUCAAGCAUCGCCGCACCAGGUCUGGCUGCUACACGUGUCGCAGCCGGCGUGUGAAGUGCGAUGAGACCCAUCCGAUCUGCGAAAGAUGCAGGAAGGGAAAGAGAGAAUGUGUCUACCCAGAACCACCGCAGCCAAAGGGUUCCCGGCAGAGUCCCGGGCCAAGUCGGCAGCCGAGCCCGAGUUCUUCCCGCGGCGACGACGACGACGAGGUCGAGCAUGACACCAAGCUGGACCCCAUCAUGGACGAGGACGAGGACGAGCCGGGGAGCGCCACGUCGCAGACAUCGAUGCCAACCUUCCCUCUGCGACGGUCCAGUACGACGUCCUCGUUCGGUCGCCAGCGUGCUGUUGCCGGUCACCGUCAGGGGUCGGAGACGCCUUCGUUCGAAGGGAACAAGUCCUCCUCCCCGGCGCUCUCGUCGGGCACUACCACGAGAACACAGACGCCCUCCGGCGGCUUGCAUUGCCCCGACGCUGCGGCGAGCAUCACGCCGCCUGCACGGCCCGACUGGACAUUUCUCCCGCACGAGCUGCAGUUCUACCUCAACUACUUCUACGACAACAUCAGCCACUACCACUACUGCAUGGUGAACGACGCAGACGACUUCUUCCGCACCGUGCUCAUCGGGCUAGCGCUUCGUAACGAUGCGCUACUCUACGGCGUCGUGGGCUUUUCGGCAUACCACCACGCUCUGAACAACCCGAACGGAAGGAUCAACGACUUUCUUCAGUACUACAGCCACAGCGUCACGCUGCUCCUGGAGUGUCUGAAGAAGGAAGAGAAGUACAGCAUAGGCACGCUGUUGACGAUCCUGCAGCUUGCGACGAUCGAGUUGCUAACGGCUAGGUUGGCGGGGCGGGAAAAAAAGGAAUACUUGGGCGACUGGGUUAACCUCAUGGGCCACCAGAAGGCAGCGUUCGAGGUGCUGACGCACAAUUUCACGGCGCAGUCGAUCAUGCAGACACCGCUGGGUCGCGUGGCUCUGAUGUGGUAUGCGCGCUUCGACAUCUUCAUCGGCAUCAUGGGCAGCUUCGGGACCUCGCUCUCUCGGGAGUGGUACCUAGCCUCGGCGGAGUACUACGAGGCGCGAGCCGCGGCCGAACCGCACAACGUGGGCUGGAAGAUCGAGGCAUGCUCGGCACGCGUGCGGCUGAACUCGAUGGAGAUGUGCUUGCUCUUUGCCAAAGGCGCCAAGAGGGAAGUCACCGAGGAGGAGUACGGCGCUGAGCACCGCAAGCUGUCCGCCGUCUGGGACAGCUGGAAGGACAGCUGGGAUCCGGCCCUGACCGACGCCGCCUUUCUCGUGACCGAAUUUCCCGGCGGCCAGACGCCGGACCCGAACGACAUCGUGAGCCCGUUUGCGCCGGGCGUCCUGUUCCGGCCCCCACUGUUCGCCUCGACGCUCAUGAAGUGCGAAUACCACUCGAUUGCGCUGAUGCACGCCAGCCAGACUGCUGGGAAGCUCACCGACGACGAUCGCGCCCGCUUGAUGGAGCACGCAUAUGCCGUGUGCCAGAUCUCCGAGACGGUCGAGCAGUGGCCCGACAGUCCGCCGGGCAGCCUGAUCCUGUUGCACUCCUGUCUUGCCAUUGCCGCGCUCUAUCUGCCACAGGAUGCGAGGCAUCACAUGUGGGUCAGGAGGAAGCUUGCCUUGUUUGAGACCAAGGGAUACAUAUCCCCCGUUACGAUGCGUACACGCAUGGCACAACUCUUCGGCGACGAGAGCUGCCUCCGGUGGUGGCUCCCGGACGACGAGGGCUUUACCCCGCUGCUGCAGAACAUUCGGGCCAUUGCCGACGAACGCAACGCCAUGGCCUUGUCGACACAGCAGGAGAGCUUGACACAGAUCCGCCACGUCUUCUCUCGGAUGCAGAUUGGACCAGAGGAGGCGCCUGCGCCUGCGCAGGGCGACGACGCCGCGCGUACGGGCGGAAAGGAUGACCCGACGAUGGGUUGAACACCGCACCAGGUGGACGGAAGGCGAGGUCGGAGGUUGGGUGGAUACAAGCUUGGUACACCGGCAAUGGUUUCCAAGAUUGCGAAGGGGUGAGGCGUCAGGGGCGGAAAACACG